UUCCAAAUCCUAGUCACAAUUCAACACUCAAAGAAGUUUCCACUUGAGGUUCUCAUCUAGCAAGAAAGCUUUCAGGUUCUCUCAUCAAAUGGCAGUAACAAUAGCAACAAUGGCCAUGGUUAAUGCAAAGUUCCUUAACACAAACUCACCCAAGUUUCCAAAGCCCACAUCUUCUUCUUCAAGGCCCGCUUUUUCCCUCCUUUCCCUUGAGAACCUCCCAAAGGGACUUGCCACCACAAAAAGCUCCAAUCCCGUCAACCUUUCAACUUCCAUGGCAGGAACUGCCAUAGCUGGUGCUAUCUUCUCCACCCUUGGAGCCUCCGACGCCGCCUUCGCGGCACAGCAAAUCGCCGACAUAGCAGACGGCGACAACCGUGGGCUUGCACUGUUGCUGCCCAUAAUUCCGGCAAUUGCAUGGGUUCUUUUCAACAUCCUUAGCAAUGCUGCUGAUGCUGCGAGUGACAACAGGGGUCAGCUUCUACUGUUUGUUGUGGCACCUGCAAUUCUUUGGGUUCUUUACAAUAUCUUGCAGCCUGCUUUGAACCAACUCAACAGGAUGAGAUCUCAGUGACUCUCACCUUUUUUGUUCAUGCUUCAUCGAAUGCUCUUUAUUGUAUCAACUCGCUUGUAACUUUGUAUGUAAUCACUGGAUGAAUGGAUGCUGCAUAUUAUCAAA